AUGAGGACACGAAUUCCGUUUUUCCGUUCCUUUUGCUUUUUCUCUCUUCUUCUAUCUCUCUUUUCUUUUUGCCAGACCCUAAAAUCUCCCUCUCUUCCGUUCUUUCUCCUCCUCCUAUUCUUCUUCUACUCCUCCUUCUCCGUUUUGUUCUUCUUCUUCAAUACCUUCUUCUUUAAUGCCUUUUUCUUCCUUUCUUCUUCUUCUUCUUCUUCUUCUUCUUCUUCUUCUUCUUCUUCUUCUUCUUCUUCUUCAAGGCUUUCUUCCUCCUCCUCCUAUUCUUCUUUUUCUUCUUCGUCUUUUUCUUUUUCUUCAAACCUUCUUUUUACUUUUCGCCAAAGAUUUCUUUUUCUUCUUUCUGUUCUUCUUUUUUCUUCUUCUACAUUAAAGCCUCUUUUCUUCUUUAAAGAUUCUCAGUUAUCUUUUCAUUGCUCCACUUUCAAUCAUUUUUCAAAACUUCUUCUUAUUUUUACAGCUUUUAAUUUUAUAUUCUUUCUUUUUCGUUCCUUCUUUUUUUUCUUCUUUCUUUCUUUCUUUUUCCUUUUUCCUUCUUUCUUUUUCUUUCUUUCUUAUGAUGAUGAUGAUGAUGAUGACGACGACGACAGUUUAAACACUUGGGAUCCAUUUCCAACAAAGCACCUCUCUAUUGCAAUAAGAUAA